AUGGAAUCGUCGAGAAGCAGGCCGAAGCGCGCCGAAGAGGGCGACAGCAGGAUCUUCCGGGACAUCGAGGGCAUCAACAGGACCCUCGGCAGUUCGAUAGAGGCGCUCGAGACGCGGCUGCUGGUGAAAUUCGGCUACCAGAACAAGAAGAUCAGAGAGCUGCAGGAGCUCAACGAGCACGUGCAAAGCGACCUGGAGGCGCUCGAGCGCCAGCUCAGGAGCUCCAACAUCCUGGUGUACGGCUUGGGGCGCGCGGAGCCCUCGAGGACGACGGUCUGCGACGCCCUCAAGCGGCUGGUGCGCGUCGACGUCAAACCCUCGGACAUCAAGAACGCCUACUACAUGGGGAAGUCCGAGACGUCGCCGUUGAAGGUGGAGUUCUCCUGCUAUCGCACCAAAAUGGCGGUGCUGAAGAACGGCGGUUACCUGCGAGGGACCGGCGUGAAGAUCACCGAAGACCUGACGAAGAAGCAGCGCGACGAGCUGAAGGUGCUGCAGAACUAUUGCAACAAGGAGAAGCAGAAGGGCAUCUACAAGAGGUGCUUCAUCGUCGGGAAUAAGCUGGUGUUGGAUAAUCAAACGUACACGUACGAGCAGCUCGGACAAAUCGACAGCAAAAACCGAUGGGAAAACGCCAAUGCGAACGCGAAAAGGGAUUGCGUCGUGGAGAGGAAACCGUCCCGGCAGAAUCUCCAGGAAUUUUCUACCUGCAAACAAAUUUCACCUGCGAAGGAACGCGUGGAAAUCCGGCAGGAGGAAGUCAAAGCUCCGAAGGAAUCGCCGAGCGUGAGGAUCUUCCAAAGCUUCAACGCCAUUUUCAACGACAUACAGAAGCGGCUGGAGAAUUUCGCCAGUAAAUUUUGA